AUGAAUAAAGAACAAAAAGAUCGAUUAAAUCAUCACUUCUUUGAAAAAUUCUAUUUCACUGGUGAAAAUUAUUUUUUGUCAGCUUGUACGACUCCUAAUUCGCAAGAGAAUCAAAAAACCUCCCAUGAUAAUAUUCGUAAUGCUGCCACGAAUUUUCGUAAAUCCCUUAUGGUAUUAAGCAAUGCUCAUUCUGAUUUCGUGUCACAUCACGAAGCAGAGCAUUUAAUGGAUAAAGUAUGGGAUAAAUAUGAUCAAUGUUGGGUUGGAAGUAAAGAAAAUGGAAAUAAUAUGGUAAAUUUAACUGAAAUAAUUGAAGAUGAAGUAAAUAAAAAACUCUUAAAGAAAGCGCAAAAGAAAGGAGUAAAGAGCAUAAGUAAUAUUAAAGAGUUCAAAUCAGAACUAAAGAUGGAACAUUUUGUUAAUAUGCAAUGUGUUGUUGAAGAUGAUUAUGACUUUAUGGAACCACCUGAUUUAAGUUUCUUGGUUGAUUAUAUAAACGAUUGUGCUGUACAAGAUGCAAGCGUAUCAUCAUCGUUUAAAGAUGAUAAAGUUGACGCAGACACUACCAAGAUUCCUCCAAAACGCGAUGUGACUAAUCUUUCGGGGAAUCUACAGGCAUCAAAUCCUGCACAAUCAAAUGAAUCUAACAGAGAUAUGAUGGAUGAUAAUGAUCCUUUAAAUAUAUAUAACGAGAGAUUUCCCAAUGAACUACAUACCAUAAGAGGUCCGCAGUACUUGGAAAAUUAUAAAAUGAAAAAAAAUGACACUAUUCCAAUGAAUGUAAAUUAUGAAAAUGACGACAACGACCAACAUGAUCAUUCUAUGAUUCAGCAUGGUUCUUUCAUUACUGCAAAGCAACAGAUGAAGAAAGGCCGUUUUUCUCCACCUUAUAAUCAAGGUCCACUGUAUAAUAAUUUUAAUGACUUUGUUGACAAACCUCACAUACCAGGAGCUCAUAAAAAAAGGGCCGUAGGAACAUCAAGCCAGAUCACUAAAAAAGGAAGGUUCAUAUCUCCUCUAUUGAAACGAAAUGAAGGCCUUGGUGGUGGAACGAAAAUGCACAAAAACGAUUAUUCUUCAUCUUUCGGGUUAAAAAGAGAUAAAAAUGAUAGAAAACAAUGUUGUGAUACUGAGAAAGAACAAGAAAUUGACAGUAGAUUAAAAAAUAUUGACCCAAAAAUGAUCGAAAUGAUCCAAAAUGAGAUUAUGGAUCGGACUCCCAACAUUUCCUGGGAAGAUAUCGCUGGAUUAGAACAUGCGAAAAAAACCAUUCAAGAGGCCGUCACAUGGCCUAUGUUAAGACCCGAUAUUUUUACAGGGUUAAGAGGCCCUCCUAAAGGUUUGUUUAUCAUGUUGCUCGCUUCUGAUUUCUUUUCUUCAUCCUUAACUUCGAAAUGGGUCGGUGAUGGUGAAAAAAUGGUUCGCGCUUUAUUCGCUGUUGCAAGGGUGAAUCAACCCGCUGUAGUAUUCGUAGAUGAGAUCGAUUCUUUACUAACUCAAAGAACUGAUGGCGAGUUUGAAUCUUCGAGGCGCAUCAAAACUGAGUUUUUGGUUCAAUUUGAUGGUGUAAAAACCGCUGGGUUAGAAGAGGAUCGGAUUCUUAUUGUUGGUGCAACCAACAGGCCACAAGAAAUUGAUGAAGCUGCGCGACGCCGGUUUCGUAAAAGGCUCUAUAUUCCUUUACCAGAAUUAGAUGGAAGAUAUGGUAUUAUAAAAAAUUUAUUACAGAAACAAAACCACUUAUUGACAGAACAAGAAAUUCAUGAAAUUUGCGAGAAAACUGCAGGAUACUCUGGGUCAGAUAUGGAUGGAUUAUGUAGAGAAGCUGCACUGGGGCCAAUACGCGUAAUCGAAGAUAUAAGAAAUAUUUCAGCGGACGAUGUCCGACCAAUAAAUUACCAAGACUUUUUAAACGCGUUGACGCAAGUUCGUGCAAGUGUUAGCGAUCGCGACUUGGAAUUAUAUCAAACAUGGAACCAAAACUAUGGAAGUUUAUCAUAA